CGCGCAUGCGCCCUGAGCGCGGCAGGGCAGUUCGGCUAUCGGCCGGAAGAGGAGGCGGUGUCGCGUGGCGUCGCUCCGCGUUCCGGUUGUUCGGGCCUCGGCCGCCGCGGACGGAACUCGUUGGGCCCCAUCGGAGCCGGCCCUUGGCGCGGCGCCCGCCAUGUACAAUGGGAUCGGGCUGCCCACGCCGCGGGGCAGCGGCACCAACGGCUACGUCCAGCGCAACCUCUCGGCCCUGCGGCACAAGAAGGGGGGCGGCGGAACCGAGCCCCCCCCCGGCGAGGAGGAGCUGCGCAGGCUGGAGGCCGGGCUGGCCAAGAGGCCCAACCCCGACAUCCUGGACCACCAGCGCAAGAGGAAGGUGGAGCUGAAAUGUCUGGAGCUGACCGAGCUCAUGGAGGAGCAGGGCUACGCCGAGGGCGAGAUCCAGGAGAAGGUGGCCACGUUCCGCAUGAUGCUACUGGAGAAGGACGUGGCUUUGGGGGAACCCGAGCAGAAACCAACGGUGACAGAGACCCAUCAGCUGGCUGAGGCCAAUGAGAAGAAGAACGAGCGGCUCCGGGCCGCCUUUGGCAUCAGUGACACCUACGUGGAUGGCAGCUCCUUCGACCCCAGCCGCCGCGCCAAGGAGGCCCCCCCCGAGCCCCCCAACCCGGCCCCUGCUGUGAGGGACUCAUCCAGCUCCCGCUCGCCCUCCCCUAAGCAGAAGAAGAAGAAGAAGAAGAAGGAUCGGGGCAGGUCUGCCAGUCGCUCUGGGGAGAGGAAGAAGAGCUCCAAGAAGAAGAAGCACAGGUCUGAAUCGGAGGCCAAGAAGCGGAAGCACCGCUCUCCCAGCCCCAAAAGCAAGCACAAGGCCAAAGAGAAGAAGCGGAAGAGAUCCACCAGCGAAUCGGCCUCUCAGAAGAGCCGCCGCGAGGGCCCCUCUUCCUCCCCCGCCGCCUCCUCCUCCUCCUCCACUUCCUCCCGCAGCCGGUCCCGCAGCGUCACCGCCGCCACCCACCAAGACACCGAAGAGCCGGGGCCGGUCUCAGCCCCAGCCCCGGCACCGGCACCACCGGGCCCGGCCCCUGCACCGGAGGAGCUGCCAGCGCCGCCGCUCGCCCCCGAGGAGCCCCAGGCACCGGCGCCGGUUGUGAGCCCCCCCCCGGCAGCACCAGCAGCGACCCCCCCAUCACCAACACCAGCACCAGCACCGGCACCAACAACAACCGAACCGGCCCCACCGGCACCGGCACCAACCGCACCCACGCCGCCCCCCGCCUCCUCCCCAACCCCAUCCCCCCCCCCAGUCAUACCCCAGCGCCGCGCCCCCCGCUCCCCAUCCCCCUCCCCGUCCCCCCCCCCCCGCCGCGCCAAAAGCCCCCCCCCGGCCGUGACGUCAUCGCGCCGUGACCGCUCCCUCACCCCCCCCGCGCCGCCCCCCCCUUCCUCCUCCUCCUCCUCCAAGCGCUCCCGCGCCCGCCGCUCCCGCUCCCGUUCCCGCCGCCGGUCCCGCACCCCCCCCUCGCGCUCCUCCCGCCGCCGCUCCCGCUCCCGCCGCCGUUCCCGCACCCCCCCUUCCUCCUCCCGCCGCCGCCGCCGCUCCCGCUCCUCCCGCCGCCGCCGCUCCCGCUCCCGCACCCCUCUCUGGCGCCCCAACUCCACCAGCCCCAUCCGCUGGCCCCUGCCCCGCUCCCGCUCCCGUUCCCCGGCCCCGCGACGCCGCUCCCGCUCCCCCCGCGCUUGGUCCCGCUCCCGCUGGGCCCGCUCCCGCUCCCGCCGCCGCUCCCGCUCCGGCACGCGCCGACGCUCCCGCUCCCGCCGCCGCUCCACCUCCCGCAGCCGCUCCGGUUCCUCCCCCUUGCCCCGGCGCCGCCGACGCCGCCGCUCCCGCUCCGAUUCCUCCCCCAGGUCCCGGCGCGGGCGCUCCCCGUCCACCCCCCCCCGCGGCAUCAAACGGACCCGCGCCGCCUCCCGCUCCCCCUCCCGCCAGCGCCGCCGCCGCAGCUCCACGCGCUCCCCCCCACCUCCGGCACCCCCUUCCCAGCCCCCAUCCAACACCACCACCGCCGCCACCACCCCCGCCGUGUCCCCCCCCAAACCCAAGCCCCCCUCCCCGGCACCCCCCCCGGCACGCCCCAAGUGGGUGCCCAUCGCCGAGCUGCACCCGGCAGCCCCGCAGCCCCCCCCCGGCUUAGCCAAAGCUGCCACCGCCACCCCCUCAGCCCCAGAGGCCAAAGCGGCUGCACCCAAAUGGGUGCCCAUCGGGGGGGGCCCUGCGCAGCCGGCGCCCCCCGGCACCGAGGGUGGGGGCAGUGAGGGGCAAGGCGAGGUGAAGCCGCAGCCGGAGGCCAAAGCGGGCACCGGUGACACCAAAGCGGCUCCGGUGGCGCCGGCGCAGCCCAGCCCCAAGGCGACCCCCGUGGCAGCAGCAGCAGCAGCACCGGUGACCCCCCCUAAGGCCGCGGACACCAAAGCCACCCCCGAGGCCAAAGCAGCAGCGCCGGUGACCCCGGUAUCCCCGGCUCUACCCAAGGCCAUGCCCGUGGUGGCACCGGUGAGCACCCCCAAGCCCGAAGCGAAGCCCAUAGCACCCAAACCAGCGCCAAGCCCCGCGGCACCGGCCGGCACCCGGGCACCACCACCGCCACCACCACCACCACCACCCCCGAGCACCCUCAAGCCAACGGCAGUCCCCAAACUGUCCCCCGGUGCCCCCAGCAAACUGGGGACCCCCCCACCGCCCCCCCCGGGGUUACCCAGAGCCCUGACGGCCAAGCUGCUGCCGGCGGCGCGCCUGGGGCUGCCCUCGUCACCGGUGGCGGCGUCGGUGCUGCCACCGCCCCACGGGCACCGGCUCCUGCCAGGGCACAGGGCGAUGGCGAUGGCAGCACCCACCGGCGGCACCAUGGGCGUCAAUGGCGGGGGCACCGUGGCAGCGGCUGCUAAAGCCACCCUGGACACCGGCACCAAGGCCACCGCGGCUGCCGUGGCCACCGCUACGGAUGCCGGGGCUGCCAAGGGCACCGUGGACAGCGGCACCGGCGUCGCCACCGCUAAGGCCACCGUGGACGCCGUGAGCGGUGCCACCACCAUUGGAGCUGCCUCCAAGGCCACCGUGGCCACCGCCAUGGCCGCCGCCAGUGCCACCACCACCACCAUGGCCACCGCCAUGGCCACCAACAGCAUUGCAGCCACCAGCUCCAGCGCCACCACCACCAAGGCCACUGCAGACGCCAUCACCAGCGUCACCACCGUGGAUGUCACCGGUGCCACCACCACCAAGGCAACCGCUGUGGCCACCGCUAUGGCUGCCAGCGCCACCACAACCAGCGUCACCACAACCAGCGUCAGCACCGCUGCAGCCACCUCCAAGGCCACCAUGGACACUGCCACCGGCGUCACCGCGGCUGCCAGCGCCAGCGCCACCAGCAAGGCCCCCAUGGAUACAGGCACCGGUGUUACCAUGGCCACCACCAAGGCCCCCAUGGAUACAGGCACCGGUGUUGCCAUGGCCACCACCAAGGCCCCUGUUGGCCCCACGGGUGCCAGCGCCACCACGGUCACCGGUGCUGGUGCCACCACCAUGGCCACCAAAGGCUCUGUCACCGUCACCGCUGCGGAUGGGGGCAUCAAGUGUGCGGCUCUCAGCCCCAGUGCCACCAGUGCCACCGUCACCACCGUGGCCAUCAGCAUCACCAGUGCAAGCAGUGUCUUCAGUGGGCCCAGUGUCACCAGUGUGCUGAGCCGGCUGGCUGCAACCAGUGCCACCAGUACGACCAGUGUGCUCACCAGUCCCGGUGUCACCAGUGCGACCAGUGCAGCCAGUGUCACCAUUGCUCCUAAGGAUACCAAUGUCACCAGUGUCUUGAGCCGUCCGAGUGCUACCAGUAUGACCAGUGUGAUCACCAGUCCCAGUGUCACCAGUGCUCCCAGUGUCCUCAGUGCUACCAGCAUCACCAGUGUCCUGAGCCGUCCCAGUGUGACCAGUAUGACCAGUGUGCCCACCAGUCCCAGUGUCCUCAGUGCGACCACUGCUCCCAGUGUCACCAGUGUCCUCAGUGCGACCAGUGCUCCCAGUGUCACCAGUGUCCUCAGUGCGACCAGUGCUCCCAGUGUCACCAGUGUCCUGAGCCGUCUCACUGCAACCAGUGUCACCAGUGGGACUACUAUGACCAGUGGAACCAGUGUCACCAUUGCUCCUAAGGAUACGAGUGCCACCAGCGUGCCUAUGGGUCCCAGUGUCACCAGUAUCCUCAGUGCUCCCAGUGUCACCAGUGUCCUGAGCCGUCCCAGCACGACCAGUAUGACCAGUGAGCCCACUGCUCCCAGUGUGACCGUUACUCCUAAGGAUGCCAGCGUCACCAGUGGCACCAGUGGCCUGAGCCAUCCCAGUGCGACCAGUCUGACCAGUGCGCCCUCUAGUCCCAGUGUCACCAGUGGCCUGAGCCGCCCCACUGCCACCAGUGUCACGAGUGCUACCAGUGUCCUCAGCGCCACCAGUGUCACCAGCACUCUCAGUGUCACCAGUGUCCUGAGCCAUCAUACUGUCACCAGUGUCACCAGUGCAGCCAGUAUCCUCAGUGGUCCCAGUGUCACCAGUGUGCUGAGCCGUCAUACUGUCACCAGUGUCACCAGUGCAGCCAGUAUCCUCAGUGGUCCCAGUGUCACCAGUGUGCUGAGCCGCCUCACUGCAACCAGUGCGACUAGUGUCACCAGUGUGACCAGUGUUCUUACUGGUCCCAGUGUCACCAGUGUCCUGAGCCGUCUCACCGCAACCAGUGUCACCAGUGCGACCAGUAUGAGCAGUGUCCUCGGGGGUCCCAGUGUCACCAGUGUCCUGAGCCGUCCCAGUGCGACCAGCAUGACCAGUGUGCCCACUGGUCCCAGUGUCACCAGUGUCCUGAGCCGUCCCAGUGCGACCAGUAUGACCAGUGUGCCCACUGGUCCCAGCGUCACCAGUGUCCUGAGCCGUCCCAGUGUCACCAGUGUGACCAGUAUGACCAGCGUGCCCACCGGUCCCAGUGUGACCAGUAUGACCAGUGCCACCAGUGGCCUCAGUGCUCCCAGUGUGACCAAUAUGACCAGUGUCACCAGUGGGGCCAGUAUGACCAGUGGCCUCAGUGCUCCCAGUGUAACCAGUGCCGGUGCCACCAUCGCCACCCACGUGACCAGUCCUGGACGUGUCCCCAUCGCUCCCAGUGUGACCAGUGCUCCCAGUCCUGGUGCCGCCAUUGCCACCAGUGUGACCAGUCCUGGACGUGUCCCCAUUGCUCCCAGUGUGACCAGUGCUCCCAGUCCUGCUGCCACCAUUGCCACCAGUGUGACCAGUCCUGGACGUGUCCCCAUCGCUCCCACGCCAGUGCUCCCAGUGGCACCAGUAUGA